AUGACCUGGUUCUACAUGAUUUCACUGUUCUUCUACUCAUAUGAUAGUUGGGCGAAUAGUCCCGACGGACUCGUUUAUUUAAAUUUGGAAUUGCCUUUGCUCGUCCGCAUAGGUCUGUGGCUGAAGAAAACCUAUCUUUUCCAAGAGGCCUGGGAAGCUGUUUCCGAGAACCCGACACGAGUCUGGUGGAGUGGUCAAAUCUUUGGAUGGACGAUCGGCUGGGGGCUUUUCCUUGGAAUCGCAGGUCGGAGAUACCGUAUUCCCCAUGCCUGGGUUUAUAUGCUUAUUGGACAGUGCGUUAGCAUUGCAUUUGCGGCAAACCUCUUCUUCGCGACAAUCACAGUCUCUCAGCGGCCGAAUGAGAAAGACAUUUCUUUCAAAUGGUAUCCGCCACUGCUGUAUGAAUUAUUGCCUGUUGUACUGUCGCUCGUCGACGCACUGGCUGUCCCGAUAUUUGCAUAUGAGAAGAACUUCAUGUUUAUUCUCCUUAUACCCCACAUUCUAGUCUUUGUGCCUUGUCUCCUUGGUCCUAUCGAUUCCUCUAAAGCAAGCAAGGAACAGGGUUCUAAAGCUACCCAGCGUUAUGCGGUAUUUUUACAGUGGAUCGCGGCAGCAUCUGUUGCUAUCCAAGGCUAUUUCACUGUUUUGGUCGUGCAGGAUAUAGGGACAGAUGUAGCUUAUCGUGGGGUUGCUCGUCAGCUACUUGAUGCGAUAUAUGUCCAUCCUGCUUGUAGCAGUGUCAGCUGGGAUGCUAUCAUAUGUACUGUUAGCGCAUUUUCCUGGGCUCUUGUGCAUGACUUCAAAUUCAGUCGAAUGCUUGGCGGGCAAUAA